CACGUACUCGGUGUCUACCCGGUGGGGGUAGGGGGUCGGUUGGUGCUGAGUGCUGAUUUGAGGGUCUGUUCCCCCGGGCAUCGUAGCGCCUCCGGGGAAAUUCGCUUGGUGACUCCACGCAGCACAUUCCAAAGCGAGAACACGAAAUCACGGCAUGUUCAUACACAUGGAGUUUCGAACGUUCGACUGCUGAUUGAACACGUAUCCCUACAGCUCGGUAUUUGUUCGCGAAUCCAUAAGACUUCUGCGCUCCAGGAGGAGCUCCGAGUGCCUCGAUCUCAAAAGGAGUUCGAGCUCGGGAUCCCCGAAAGCAGGCCCAAGAUCGAUCACACCGGGAGGGUCAGCUGGAGCACGCUGGCCUGCUUCGUCCUUGUCAUAGGUAUAUUAAUUUGCGCGACUAUUUUUGUCGUCGCUUGCCUCCAACUCAAAAGGGAGGGCGUGGAGGAAGUGCACAAUGCCUCUGCGACCUUCCAAAAAUUUAUGCGGAGUCGAAUGGUCCGGAACGCCACCAAAAGCCUAGCCGCCGUGAGUUCGGAGCUCGCGGCGGCGGCGAAGGACCUAAAAGAGGAACGAGCCGCCAAUUCGGUGGCUCGGAUCCUGGCGCAUGUCGCCGAUAAGAUCGGCGAGCUCGACGAUGUCGAGCUUGCUAAAAUGUGGCGCCAGGGCUCCGACCUCGUCGGCAGCCUCUCAAGGCUGUCGAAGGACGCCUCUGCCACUCUUGAAGGGGUGUUGGCUGUCCUGGCGGAAGCCCCGGCUAUAAAGCACCGCUUGUGUGGGGCCGCCGGAACAUACUUCGGUCUUUUUCUCGGCGACUGCUAAACAAGCUGGGUUGUAGGUAAUUUAGGUAUAAUAAUUUGUAAAUAUCGUCCGCCACGUGCUCGACGCGCCAACCCGGGAGUGAUACGAUCUGGAAAGCCUGCGGACCGCCGGUAAGCGUCAUUUUUCCAUCGCGCACUGAUGUCUGAAAAAAAAACCAAUCCCAUUCGAGAACUCGGAUGGAAGUGUUGGUGGAAUCAUUUUUCUAUUCGAGGAUUUCAUCGAUGGAGAUUCCCGACAAAUCAAUUCUGCC